GGGCCUGGGAGAGAGGUGCAGAAGCUGAAAUGGAAAGUGGGAACUGGGAGGGCCUGCCCAUGUGUCCUUCACAGUUACAGGAGAUAGUUUACUCUAUGCCAGGCUCUGGUCUAAGUGUUUUUACGUUCAAAAGUUCUGAGUUUUUCAGACUAGGCACAGACAGGCUAACUGUCCAAGGUUACUCAAGGAGUGAGGGAACUGGCAUUUAAACUCAGGCAGUCUGGCCAUGGCUGAGGCCCAGAGAGGGGUGGUAAAUAGCCCAGGGUCACACAGCCACAGGACCAGGAGCCACUGGCUUCCUUCCAGCCUAGGAAAAACAAUGACACCUGACUCCUAGCCAACUGGGGGCGGAGCAGAGGUGGAGCUAGGGAGACCCAGGUGGCCUCUCAGAGCCACAGCAGGGCGGCAGAGUAGCCUGGAGCAGCAUGAAGCAGAGCCGGGGACCAGGGCUACUUAUCCUGGGAGCUGUGGUCCUCAUAGAGGGUCUUCAAGCAGCUCAGCGUGCCUGUGGGCAACGUGGCCCUGGCCCCCCUGAGCCUCAGGAGGGCAACACGGGGCCUGGCGAGUGGCCGUGGCAGGCCAGUGUGAGGAGGCAGGGGGUCCACAUCUGCAGUGGCUCCCUGGUGGCAGACACCUGGGUCCUCACCGCGGCCCACUGCUUUGAAAAAGCGGCAGUGACAGAACUGAACUCCUGGUCAGUUGUUCUGGGCUCUCUGCAGCGUGAGGGGCUGAGCCCAGGCGCAGAGGAGGUGGGGGUGACGGCUCUGCAGCUUCCCAGGGCCUACAGCCACUACAGCCAGGGCUCAGACCUGGCCCUGCUGCAGCUCGCCCACCCCACAGCACACACACCCCUCUGCUUGCCCCAACCUGCCCACCGCUUCCCCUUUGGGACCUCUUGCUGGGCCACUGGCUGGGAUCAGGACACUAAUGAUGCUCCCAGGACCCUACGGAAUCUGCGCCUGCGUCUAAUCAGCCGGCCCACGUGUAACUGUCUCUACAACAGGCUGCACCAGCCGCUGCUAGCCAGCCCAGCCCGGCCUGGGAUGCUGUGUGGGGGUGCCCAGCCCGGGGUGCAGGGGCCCUGUAAGGGAGAUUCCGGGGGUCCUGUGCUGUGCAAUGAGCCCGAUGGACACUGGGUUCAGGCUGGGAUCAUCAGCUUCACAUCAAGCUGCGCCCAGGAAGACACUCCUGUGCUGCUGACUGACAUGACUGCUCAUAGCGCCUGGCUGCAGGCUCGAGCUGGGGGCGCAGCCUUUCCGGCCCAGAGCCCCGAGACCCUGCAGAUGAGUGAUGAGGACAGCUGUGUAGCCUGCGGAUCCUUGGGGAGAGGAGGUCCCCAGGCAGAAGCCUCCUCCCCAUGGCCCUGGGACGCCAGGCUGAAGCACCAGGGGAAGCUGGCCUGUGGCGGAGCCCUGGUGUCAGAGGAGGUGGUGCUGACUGCUGCCCACUGCUUCAUUGGGCGUCAGAACCCAGAGGAAUGGAGUGUAAGGCUCGGAGCCGGGCCAGAGGAACGCACCCUAAAGCAACUCAUCCUGCAUGGGGCUUACACCCACCCAGAGGGGGGCUAUGAUGUGGCCCUCCUGUUGCUGGCCCAGCCUGUGACAUUAGGCCCCAGCCUGCGGCCCCUCUGCCUGCCCUACACAGACCACCACCUGCCUGAUGGGGAACGUGGCUGGGUCUUGGGUCUGACCCACCAAGGAGCAGGCACCAGCACCUCUCAGAUAGUACCUGUCACCCUCCUGGGGCCCAGGGCCUGCAGCCGGCUGCAUGCUGCCCUUGGUAGCGAUGGCAUCCCCAUUCUGCCAGAGAUGGUGUGUACCAGUGUUGUGGGUGAGCCGCCCCGCUGUGAGGGCCUGUCUGGGUCACCACUGGUGCAUGAGGUGAGGGGCACAUGGUUCCUGGCUGGGCUGCACAGCUUUGGGGAUGCCUGCCAAGGCCCCGCACGGCCUGCAGUCUUCACAGCGCUCCCCACCUAUGAGAACUGGGUCAGCAGUUUGGACUGGCAGGUCUACUUUUCCAAGGAGCCGGAGCCCGAGCCUGAGCCCGAGGCCGAGAUUGGAAGCUGCCUGGCCAAUACAAGCCAACCAGCUGGCUGUUGACAGGUGGCUCUGGGAUGCUGCAGACACAUCACCACCUCUUCCCCU